CAGAUGGAAUGCCUUUCAAGCCUGAGUCUGGGCUUGAAUGAAAACGUCAUAAACGCAACAACUACAAACAUCUUUAGAUUCCUUUUCUAAUUGUACAAGUGUCAUUAUCCAGGUGAUCGCUUGGCGUUGACAGACUAUUUGCGCCAAGUACCAACAAUCCUACGCAAAGAAAUCUGUCAGUUAGGUGACGUUAUUAAAGUCCCUACCCUAAUGAAGAUCGAAACGACUUCUGCAUGUGAAUCCCAGUUGUACCACCCCCUGAGACCAUAACUGUUUAAUCCACGUCAGCUUCAUCACCCAUGACCUUCAAAGAAACAGAUACGGUGAUCGUAAGGCUUAGCUGUAGCGCUUAUGUAGUUCCCGUUUAAGCCCCACAUCGUACCUUGGCUGCUUGGCAUACCCCUUAACCAUCCAACACGCCGGUAUGCUAUUGUCUUUUGUACAAGAUGCGCUCCGUCGCAAAUAUAUCGUAGGAGCUUUGGCCAUUGUGACGACGCUAUGGCUACUGUACACUUUCCACACACCACCUCCGAUCAUAGAUGUCAAGUACGGCCGUGUCAAGGACCUCCAGGCCGACUCCCACUUUGCCAUUGCCACGUUCCUAAGUGGACAGAAGGAUGCCGACCCAGAGGCUGCAGACUACUACUUUGACGCCGUACGCGUCUUGACGUAUCAGCUUGUCCACGACGAAAAAACAAGGAUUCGCAACAAGAAGCAUGUCAGCUUCAUAGUGCUGGUCACCAAGGAUGUCCCACUUCAGAAGCAACAACAACUAGGAAAAGAAGGCGCUCUAGUCGUCCCCGUCGAUGACAUUCCCUUGAAUUGGUGGAUUUCGACUGGAGUCACCAGAUGGAAAGACCAAUUCACCAAACUCCGCCUCUUCCAAAUGGUCGAAUUUUCACGAAUCCUUUUCAUCGACGCGGACACGUUCCUAACCGGGCCACUGGACGAAAUCUUUGAUGAGCCAUUCACGGUGCGGCAACCAGUGCGCACCAAGUUCGAACUGGAGCACCAGCUGAAAGGCGAUGAAGCGCCGCUGCCGGCCUCGUACGUCUUCUGCGCGCGCUCCGACAACGCCCUAACCGGCGAGCGCGAGCACCCCUUCCCGCCGGCCAAAACGUCCAUCUUUAGCGCGGGCUUUUGGCUCGCUGCGCCCUCGCUCGAGCUCUUCGACGUGUUUGUGAGCGUCAUGCAGCAUUACCGCCGCUUCGACCCGCAUACCAUGGAGCAGAGCCUUCUCAACUACGUCUUCCGCCGUGAGGGCGCCAUGCCUUGGACCGAGCUGGAUUACCGCUGGAGCGCGACGUGGCCGAGCGAAAAGGAUCUUGAUGGUGGAGUCGUUAGCUUGCAUGAGAAGCUGGGCAUGACAGGACCGGAGAAGUUGAAGAAAAUGUGGUAUGAUAAAUGGAGCGAUAUGGAUACAUUUUAUAAGUCGAGGCCUGUUGAGGAAGAAUUUAAGAUGCCGAGCAAGUCGGAUAUCAUGUAGAUGGUUGAUGUAAUCAAUAUUGGAUAGAAUGAAUAGAUAUCUGCUUUCAGC